AGAAAAGUUUACUUCCGGAAGAAAGGUGAAGGUCAAUAAAAAUCAGGUAGACGAUAAAAAUAAACAUGGAGAGCAUAACUGUGAAAGAUGGACAGAAAGUUCUUGUAUUAUGGGGUGGUCAACAGCCAUCAACAAACGUCACAGAUGUUAUAAAUAAUUUGACAAAAAAGGUUGGCGAAACUGGUAAAAUACAACUAGAACACAUUGACAGAUUAGCAUUAGCUCCUCAUUCAGAUUCAAGUUUUGAUAUAGUGGUGUCUGGUAUGCUUGAACCAGGAGUUAUCUAUCACAACAUUGAUAACUUAGCUGUAAUGUGUCGAGUUUUAUGUCCAGGUGGUAAAAUAUAUCUAAGAGAAAUUGUUAAUAAAACAGAAACAACAGAACAAUUAAAAACAAGUGACAGUUUAGUAUCAGAGUUAAAACUUUCAGGAUUUGUUAAUAUCUCACAGCCUUCUCCAGUCCAGCUUAGUGAUGAUGAUAAAUCUGUGCUCUCAAAAUUAGAUAACAGUGGUAACAUUGAUUUAGUUCAAAUAGAAGGCAGUAAACCAAAUUAUGAAAUUGGUUCAUCAACUCAGUUAAAACUCAACUUUACAAAGAAAUCAAAUGAUAAACCAGCAGUUGAUCCAAAUGUAGCCAAGGUAUGGACACUGUCAUCAGAUGAUAUUGAUGAUGGAGAUGUUGAACUUGUUGAUUCUGAUACUUUACUUGAUGAAGAUGAUUUAAAAAAGCCAGAUCCAGCCUCUCUCAAAGCAAACUGUGGUACAAGGAAGAAAGCCUGUAAAGAUUGUACUUGUGGUUUAGCAGAACAAAUAGAAGCAGACAACCCCAAAAAGUCAGCAGCACCAACAUCUGCAUGUGGAAGUUGUUACCUUGGUGAUGCAUUCCGAUGUUCUAGUUGUCCAUAUCUAGGUAUGCCAGCAUUUAAACCAGGUGAAAAGGUAUCAUUAAGUCAGAGACAGCUUAAAGCAGAUGCGUAACAUAUUAAAUACUCCAUAUUUUAUUAGGAUGAAAGUAAAGUGCUGGAUGAAAAUCAAAAUGUGCAUUAUUUAAAUAAAACAUGUUAAAGGCAUGACAAAUCAGACAGGUAUAAGUAAGUGACCUAUUAUGUUAUGAAACAGAUACUAUAGAUGAGAAAUUAAUGCAUCAUAAAAUUGAUACCAAGCAAAAAGAGAAUUUUGUAAGUGUAUUAAAACAUGGGAA